GCACCAGUCAACACUGUCAAAAGUGUCAAACAAGUUACCUACGACUGAGGAUUACGAGGAAAUCCGAUGAACAAGUUUAGUAGACAAGACAACAAUAUUUUUGUGACUUUUUCCUCCUAUACUUUUAUUUUGAUCUUUGAAGUGUCCGAUGAAAUUAUAUUUGUUUAAGUGCCUUCAAUUGUUGUAAUUACGAAACUAGACGAUAAUAGUGUACAAAUAUGGAAACCCAAAGCAUGUAUCCUGAUCCUGACACGAUCACUAUUGACACACUCGUAUUGGAGGAAAUGGUAAAGCAAGAAUGGACCAAAGAAAUAACGGAAUUGCAUUCUUUGAGUAAAAAAUCUUACAAUCUUCAUGCUGAUUUGUUAUACUAUCGUCACGCAACUUCUGCAAUGGGUUCUUCAUGCUAUGAGCUAUGGAAGAGGAUACUAACUCAAGUUGGUGGUAGUCCCAACACAUGGCGAGAACUUGGCCUUCUAUUAGGGAUUGAAACUAAUAAACUAAACUAUAUAAUGUACUCGGUUCAAGAGGAUCACGUUGACAUGGUGUUAAAAGUAUUUAGACAAAAUGAAAACGCAACUAUUGACAAAAUCAUAGAUGCCUUCAUUAAGAUGAAGCGGUAUGAUAUUUUAAAAUCAUUAGAAGAACCUCUUUGCAAAAUAGCUCAGUUCUUCAAUAAGGAUGAUAGUGGUUAUCAAAGCAAAAGUUCUGGGCAGAGAGAAGUGGUUAGACCAAAAAAUAUUCCCAAUAAUUUGCCAGCAGCGCUCAGCAACAAGGUGGUCUCUCAAGAUAAGGAACCAAAGAAACCAAAACAACCAGCUUUGAAGAUACCUUCUACAGCAAAUGAGCCUAUAGUUAAUGAUAGCCCAAUACUUUUCUUGACUUACACUCAAGAUGGUUUCCCAACAGCAGUGAAUAUACAAGAAUAUGUUGAAAACUGGACUGAACUACCGAAUGUUCAAGUCAUUACUUUGAACAAUAAGAGGGAAGAACUGUACCAAAAUCCAGAGAAAUUUAUUAGGGAAUAUUUUGAAAAAGCUGAUAUCAUCAUUCCCAUCAUAACAUCUGGCUACUUGGAUGAAAUCCAGUCCCAUAAUCCAACCGUUCUUAAUACCUCUGAUAACUUAGACACUAAAUAUGUUAAUUUUAUUUAUAACCUUAUUGUAAACAACUACAUUCAUGCCUCGGGCUGCCUCAAUAAGAAAGUAAGGAGUGUGCUGCCACAAAAUGCCAAUGUUGAUCUAUUUAGACGUAUCACAAUGUAUCCAGACUUGAUGCCAUGGACAUAUGAGACCAAUUUUGAUACACAAUUCCAAGCUUUCUUAAAAUAUCAACAACAAUUUUAUUUUGUCACCUGGAAUGUGGCUACCAAGAAUCCAGGGCAGGAUCUAAAUGCUCUAUUGGACUUUCCAUCACAGUUCAAUAAAAAUAAACCAUUACCAGACUUUUUUGUGAUUGGGCUGCAAGAAGUAAAAUCUCAGCCACAGAAUAUGGUUAUGGACUCUUUGUUUACUGAUGCCUGGACAUCCUCUUUUAACAAAAUUCUUUGCCGACAAGGGUUUAUUAUUGCCAAGAGUACCAGGUUACAGGGUUUACUCCUGCUGGUGUAUACUCAGAUGAAGCAUGUCACACAUUUGAGGGAUAUUGAAGCUCAGUACACCAAGACUGGACUUGGAGGCAUGUGGUUAAUCGAUGGGGCUUGUUCUAUGAAUUUCGGACGUAGCUAUGUGAUCUGGUUGGGCGACCUGAACUUCCGAACGGAUCAUCCAGCGGGCAGCAGUCCAACUUCAGAAGAGAUCCUAGCUCAAUUACAGAAGAUAGAAAAGGACAAAUAUGCGUCUCUUCUCGCUCAUGAUCAGCUCAUUGCGGUCAUGGACUCCGGUGAAGCGUUUUCGGAGUUUACGGAGCACGAUAUACGAUUCCCACCGACGUAUAAGUUUAUCAUUGGAGGAGAUGAAUAUGAUGUUAAGAGGAAACCAUCAUGGACGGACAGAAUUCUAUACAAAGUGAACGCGAAUAAUUAUGAGAACGUGACGUUAAAGGCUGAGGUGGUGUCGUAUAACCACAUGGCUCACUACACAGUUCGGAAAUCGUUCACUCGCGAGCUUGUAGCUGAACGGCCGCAGAGACCUCCUGGUAUACGAAUGCGGUCUAUGAUCGUCGCUUCUUCUGAGGUAGCUGUGGGAGGACAAGCGGCCAUGUUUAGUGCGCCGAUGGCACCGAUAAACACUGACUCUGCUGACGGUCCCAUGCAUGCUAUGCACUCCGCUAAAGUAGAUACUACAGAUGGGUUGAAUAGUUCAGAGACAUUCUCAAACUAUACAGAGAAGACUGUAGAGUUUGCGCCCAUUACACGGAUCUGGUAUAUCGGUGAUGCUGACUUUAGGACGCAGUGUACGCUCACGCCGGACAUUGAAGUCAAUCCUAAUGAUUGGAUUGGUAUUUACGAUGCCAACUUCCACAGCUUAGAUGACUACAUAGCGUACGAGUACCUGGCUAAGGUCAGUCUCCCCGAGACACCGACUGCUAGUGGCCAGCCUCGUAUAUCGGAACCGUUCGAAGUAAGUAGCAAAGAGGACAGCUUAGUCGUAAUAGAUCCUUGUGAGCAGGCCUCAAGCAGUUCAUCCCCAGGAAGGUCCAAGCCUUCAACCGCUACCACGGACAUAUUCACCGACUUCACAGGCCUUGAUGUUGCUAAGCUGUCGCGACACUUCUCCAACGAUCUCAGCAUCGACUGACUAAAAACCUACCUGCCCGGUUCACCGGCAAACCUAAGAAAGAACAAUAACGGUGUUUAGAUUGUAUUGUCGGUGUACCCCUAGCUUUAAGCGUAAUUUAAAUUUGGAACGUCACAAAAUUAGAAUUGUUAUUGUCAAAGGCCUAUUUGCGACCAUUGUGUAUGUUUUCUGCUUAGUAGAUGCGACGUCACAUCAAGCUAUGCAUAACCAGUAUAAACUGAUCGUUGAAUCUGCCGAAAGAUCAUAUAAAGCGGGUCCAUGACAAAUUGGUUUUUAUAUGGUGUGUGUACAAUGUUUGUGGUUAAAAAUUCCGGUUUUGGUCGCAAAAUUCUUUUGUUUUGUAUUAUUUAUGUAUAUGGUUAGAAGGUUAGGCAUAAUAUUGUUCACUUAACAUUGUUUAGGCAUAUUCUCUGUGUCUAGUCGCCGUAGGUCUUAUUGUUAGAGCAUUAAUGUCUGCUCUCUAAUAACAUUUGUUAGCAAGCCAUGUUUGUUGUUCAAAUUAAUUAUUGCAUUUUUCCUAGUUGAAUAUAAUAUCAAUCGGACAGGAAAAC